AUGAUCGCCAAACGCGCCGUUGGCCUUCUCGCUGGCCUUCUCCUGGCCUUGACCCCCCAAGCGGAUGCCCAUCCCGGUCCCAAAGACCCCAGAGUCCCACAGCGUCCCAACAUUCAACCAGGUCCCUACCAGCCAUACAAGGCGAUUCCCCUCGACACUCGCCGAGAUCGCCGCAAGGUGUGCCACGUCAAGCCCGGCCGCAAGGGCGACGACGACGCCCCAAAGAUUCGUGCUGCUCUACGUAAAUGCAACAACGGCGGUACUGUAGUCCUUGACAAGGAAUACACCAUCCGUACCCCUUUGGAUCUCCGGUUCCUGAAGCAUAUCGACAUUGCCUUGACCGGAACCGUCGAGUUCGGCACCGACCUAGAGUUCUGGCAGCAGAACUUCUUCCACUUCCACUUCCAGGACGCCUGCUCGUGGUGGGUCUGGGGUGGCGAGGAUAUUCACCUGUACGGCGCAGGCACUGGAACUAUCCACGGCAAUGGCCAGGCGUGGUAUGAUGAGGCUGCGGCGAAUAAAAGCACCGUUCGUCCCAUUCUGUUCCUGACCGACGGCUGGCACGGAGGCUCCAUUACUGGGCUCAAGCUGCGACACUCGCCGAACUGGCACAAUUUGAUCGCCAACAGCUCUGACAUCCUCAUCUCUGACAUGGACAUCUUCUCCCGCUCAACCUCUGAAGCAUGGGCCUCCAACCUGGACGGCUGGGACACGUUUCGCACCGAUAACGUUGUCAUCCAAAACUCCAACAUCAACCACGACGACGACUGCGUCUCCUUCAAACCAAACAGCACAAACAUCAUCGUCCAAGGUCUGCACUGCAACGGGUCCCACGGCAUCUCCGUCGGCUCUCUCGGUAACUACCCGUACCAGUACGACAUCGUCUCCGACCUGUACAUCUACAACAACACCAUGGCCAACACAACUACCGCUGCGCGUCUCAAGGUCUGGCCUGGAGCGGAGGCUAUCAAGAAGGGGAACCCUCCAUGGGUUGGUGGCGGUGGUGCCGGCUAUGUUCGGAAUGUCACCUAUGACACCAUGAUCAACGAUAACAACAACCUCGCUAUCCAGAUUGAUCAGUGCUACGGAGCUAUCAAUGCUAGCGAGUGCGAGGAUCACCCCUCCAAGGUCAUCCUGACCGAUGUCCUUUUCAAGAAUAUGUGGGGUACUGCUAAUGGCGCCGAUGACCCUGUUGCUGGUCAGCUUAUUUGUGGCUCGGAAGAGUCUUGCGACAACAUCCGUGCUGAGAACGUGACGCUUACGAACCCCAGCGGAGAGCCGCCGCAAUGGAAGUGCAGAUUCCAGGAUGAGGAGCUGCUCGAUCUCGAAGGUGUUGGAUGCAUCCCUGCUUAA